CUUUCACUUGCUUCUGAUACGGCCUGGUUUUCCUUGCAUUGGUCGUUGUCGCGGCUGAGCCUCUGAGCUUCGGACCUAGUACUAUCUACUAGUUCCCUUGUUUUGUGCUCUCGCAACUCUCCAUACAGCGACCUCGGUUCUGCUUGUGUGCUGGCUCGCAAGGCUCCAACCCCUACCAUCUUAGUCUAAUCUCUUACUUAUCCCUCACUUGUCUGUCACCUGUUCCUUGGGUCAUCUGCAUUCGUCGUAUUCCGGGUGUUUCUUUGAGGGAACUCCACCGUUUGUUGAACAUUAUCUGACCCUAAUCUGCGCAUUUGACCAUGACAUUUGCGCGCUGAUAGAUUAUCAGUCAGGAAGAAAUUAGGCGCACUUUCACACUUAAUCUCUAUGGCAAUGGAUGAGGACGAAGACACCGUCAUGGGAGAGGCAGGCUCCCACCACCCCACCUCUGUUUCUUCACAUCAAUGGCCAAGCAAUGGACCCAGUAGCCAAGGUGCUGGCCAGCUCAAUGGUAGUUCGGAUCCAUCUAUUGCACCGCCACUGCUGGGUCCGACCAUGAAGCUGCCGUUAUCUGUACACUCGGGAGACCCAAGGCCUGAGAACACAGCAUCGGCAGAAGAUCAGGGAGUGUCGCCACCGAAAAGCCUGCCUAAGUCAGACUCCGGUGACGCAACUACUGAAGACUUUGACAAGCAAGAUAGCCUUGUCGAAGACAACUCGGACUGGACUGAUGAGGAUACUGUAGCCCGCACUGGGCUUCCCAUCGCCUCACUCCCUUCCGGGUUAUGCUAUGACGUUCAGAUGCGCUAUCACUGUGAAGUGCGGCCAACAGCGGACGUUCAUCCAGAGGAUCCCAGACGCAUCUACUACAUUUACAAGGAACUUUGUCGAGCAGGACUAGUCGAUGAUCCCGAAUCGUGCCGUCCGCUUGUCUCAAGACCACUGAAGCGCAUCAACGCUCGCAACGCUACUGAAGCGGAGAUAUCGCUUAUUCAUACGCCUGACCAUUAUGCAUUUGUAGAAAGCACCAAAGACAUGUCUGAUGAUGAGCUGAUUGCAUUGGAACACACACGUGACUCGAUAUACUUUAAUAAAUUGACGUUUGCAUCUUCGAUUCUGUCAGUUGGAGGCGCGAUUGAGACAUGCUUGGCUGUCGCAACCCGGAAGGUGAAGAAUGCCAUUGCAGUCAUCCGGCCUCCGGGGCAUCAUGCAGAGCACGACAAAACCAUGGGAUUUUGUCUGUUUAACAAUGUCUCUGUAGCGGCGCGUGUUUGUCAGAACCGACUAGGUGACAGCUGCAGAAAGAUUUUAAUUCUCGACUGGGAUGUCCAUCACGGGAAUGGUAUUCAGAAAGCCUUCUAUGAUGAUCCCAAUAUCCUAUACAUCUCACUGCACGUGUAUCAGGAUGGGAAAUUCUACCCUGGAGGGGAAGAAGGUGACUGGGAUCACUGUGGUGAAGGCCCUGGUGUCGGAAGAAAUGUGAAUAUACCUUGGCCGAGCCAAGGGAUGGGCGAUGGUGACUAUAUGUAUGCCUUUCAACAAGUUGUCAUGCCAAUUGCCCACGAAUUUAACCCGGAUCUUGUCAUCGUUGCCUCUGGGUUUGAUGCGGCUGCAGGCGAUGAGCUUGGAGGAUGUUUCGUUACACCUUCGUGCUACGCUCACAUGACACACAUGCUCAUGACGCUUGCCAAUGGCAAGGUUGCUGUUUGUCUCGAAGGUGGUUAUAACUUCAGGUCUAUCUCCAAGUCAGCACUCGCAGUCACAAAGACACUGAUGGGGGACCCGCCGGACCGGCUUCAUACCACCUCACCUUCAGCCCUGGCCACCACGACUGUCCGGCGUGUGAUGAUGAUUCAGUCUCACUAUUGGCAUUGCAUGUAUCCUAAGGGGCCUCCCCAAGAUGGGCUCUUCACCGAUAGGCUUCAUGAUGUCAUACGCGCCUACCAGUCGAAGCAACUAUACGACAACUACAAGCUCACAUCUCUCUUCAUAUAUCGGACCGCCAUCUCCCGGUCAUUCGAAAAUCAGGUUCUAGCAAGUUCCAAUUAUCACCAAGCCGUGCCACUUGUAGUGAUAUUCCAUGAUCCGCCUGAGAUCAUGGGCUUGCCCCAUCCAGUCACCAACAAGCUGGAAGCCCAUAACUGCUGGCUGGCUGAUGUCAUGAAGGACUACAUUGGGUGGAUCGUUAGCAAGGGGUAUGCAGUCAUCGAUGUCAACAUCCCUAAGCAUGUGACAAUUGAUCCUUCAUCCGGUAAAUAUGAGGAAGAAGACGAGAAUCGUCCCACGGCUACUGAGGAACUGGCGGGCUACCUGUGGGACAACUAUAUCGAACCAAGCGAGGCCACCGAGAUUUUCUUCAUGGGCGUAGGCAAUGCUUUCUACGGAGUAGCCAACCUACUGAUCAAUCGAGAAACAUUGUAUAAACGAGUGAACAGCGUUGUUUCCUUUGUUGCCGAGAACCCGGUUCGCGCCAUAGCCUCACACACUCAGGUUUGGCUGUCGCGGUGGUACAAAGAUAACUCCCUUGUAUUCGUCUCGCACACGCACGGCGUCUGGAACAACGUCGAAACCCGGCGCAAGCCAUCCAAGCGCUACGGCCAACUCGUCCAGUCUCCCAAAGCCAGUCUGAGUGAGAUGCUCAUGCACCACAAGGAAGAGGUAUACCAGUGGAUAUCCGAGCGUGCGGAUGUGCAGGAUAGCGAGGAGACGGAAGAUGAGAAGAAGCCCAAGUCGAAGAGUCGGUCCCCGACGAAGGAGAACCAGACGGAGCCCCGUUCGGUGCCGGGCUGAGCGGGUUAUUAAGUGGAUGUGCGAGCUGUACUUUUGUUUCUGUUGGAUCUAUGCAUAGGUGGGAAGUUCGGUUUUGUCUUGGAUGAUCGUCUGCAAUUGUACCUAGUAGAGACGCAGGGUACUCGUUGAGCAUACUUCAUAAGACAUGUCGCUGUCAUUAUUCACAUAUUCAACACUGAUAAUAGGGUAGCUCUGUAUUAGAUUGUUAGUCUACCGGGCAGGAAAGACAGUCCCUCAUCUCACCCAAUGUAGUGUGAAUUACCCGCAUGGUACCACCCAUAAACAGGCAUCAUCACCGAUUUCGCAUCCAUUCACAAAUUCCCUCAUACAACAUCUUCAACCCACGUAAGGCCCCCCAUCAAUAUAUUAACCCAUUUCAACUCAAUACAAUGCUAUCUUAUCCCCUAGCCACAGCCCGCUGUAAUACGAGCAACCUACAUACAGUCUUGUUCUUCUGCCAAGGAAAUCCCAUCCGAUCAUCCGAACCUCCGCAACCGAACUGAGACAUACAUGAGUAGUUCAACCAUGACUCCUCCACAGCCGAAUCUCAUGACUGGAUGAUUGUAAC